CUGUAUGAACGGAGAGCACAGGCUUUAUUCUCCUUUCAUCCAUUUCGUGCCUUUCUUCCUUCCCACACUCUACCGAGCCACUGCACUGUUGAUGUAUUUGACUUUGCAUUUGUAAAUUCAGUGGUAAUGGCGGGGAAAUUGUCGAAGACAGCUUAUGAUGCAAAAAUGCUGAAACUUUUGAGAGAAUACAGCCAGGUGUUGGUGGUUUCAUCGGAUAAUGUGGGUUCCAACCAGCUUCAGGGCAUACGGAGGGGACUCCAUGCUGAUUCCGUGGUUGUGAUGGGAAAGAACUCAAUGAUGAAACGCUCUAUUAUCUUGGAUGCUCAGAAGACUGGCAACAAGGCCUUUCUUAACCUUGUUCCCCUUCUUGUGGGAAACGUGGCGUUGAUUUUCACCAAAGGUGACUUAAGGGAGGUUAGCGAGCAGAUUGCCAAGUACAAGGCUGUCCAACCUAUUCUUAUGUGCCCCAAGUACAUCUCAUAUGACUCAUAUCACAAUUGUUCCUAUAUGCAAUCAGGACAGGUACCUUUGGGCCUCACGUGUUGUAAUCAGCAGUGUUCUCAGACUUCAGAGCCUUUUCUUGUAAGCUCAAAAUUCAUGCCUCACCAGCAUUGUUUCUUGAUGAGAUCAAGACAGUUCUUGAUGACGAGUGUAUGGGCUCCUCUUCUCCUUUUGGCUGGUAACUUGUGAUGUGGAUGAAGUUAUCUGAUUGGGAUCACAUGGUUUAUAUUAAUCUUUUUCUUGAGCACUGCUGGCUUUCAAACUCUAUAGAGUUGCACUCUCGCUUUUCAGGGAGUGAUGUAGAAUGAAAAUUAUAUUGA